ACCCGACGGCGGACGGUACACACACCGUGUAUAAAUCGUUACGACGCGCCGCUGUACAGUCCGCGACGGUGCGAUUUUAGUUUUACGCACGUAAAAACAUACAUACAUACACGCACACAACACACACACACACACACACACAUACACACACACACGCACACACACACACACACGUAUAUUACACGUAUGUAUCGUAUUAAAUUUUAUACAUAAAACAUAAAUACACGUGACAACGGGUCCGCCGCGAAAUCUCGACGUUUACAGUCUACGUUCUAUAACAGUUCUUAAAAAUAAUGUGAAUAAACACAUCGUCGUCGUCCAUUCGAUUUGCGUAUAUUGUUUGUUUUUCAAUCGGUCCGCGGUUAAACCCCCCCCGAACACAUCGCGUGGCGGUCGGUGUUUUUUCUUAGAAUUUUAAUUUUCUUUUUUUUUAUCGCUCGCGCAAUAAAAAUUAAUGGUGUGCGUUUGAAAAACAAUGCGCGCACCUCUGGGACCAGGAAAUUACAUUUGAAACGUCACUGCCGCUCGAUCUUUGGAAACUAACGAAUUCCGACCGUGCCUUACAUAUUUACCUACGAUCGCCUACCAUAUACUCGUCAAUACUUCACUUCACACGGCCUUAUCCUUGACUUAAACGAUGGGAGACAAAUCUCGUAAGAACAGCGCCACUCAGGAUGUUGAGGCUAACGGCACGUCAGAACAACAACAGCAGGUGGAAGCCGUGGCCAAAGCCGUGCACGGCCACCCGGUAUCUGAACAUCCGACCACGUAUUGCGAGACGCUAAUGCAUCUCUUAAAAGGGAACAUCGGUUGUGGUAUGUUGGCCAUGGGAGACGCUUUCCGCAACGGAGGCCUCUUGAUGGCGCCGAUUCUCACGGUUUUCAUUGGAACCGUGUGCAUUUACAACAAUCACAUACUGUUAAACGUCGCCCAUAAACUGAAGAGCCGACUGAAACUCGAACAUUGCCCGACAUUCUCAGAGACUGUCGAACUGUCCUUCGCAACUGGACCCAAGAGUUUGCAGAAGCAUGCAGACUUGUUUAGGACCACGGUCAACGUAUUUGUCAUAAUCACCCAGUUGGGAUUUUGCUGCGUGUACAUAUUAUUUGUGUCUAACUCCAUUAAACAGUUUUGUGACGAAUACGGAACCGUGUUGGACAUCCACAUCCACAUGAUAUUCGCUUUGGUGCCCAUAAUGUCAUGCGCCAUGAUUAGAAAUUUAAAAUUCAUCGCACCCUUGUCGACGGCCGCCAACAUAUCGAUGGCUAUCGGUCUGGGAAUCAUUCUGUCAUACUGUCUGGUUGACUUACCGACCCUCAAUUCCAGAACUGCCGUGGCCCAUUGGUCGCAAAUACCCCUGUUUUUCGGUACGGCCAUUUACGCUUUCGAAGGCAUCAGUCUAGUAUUACCCCUGCAAUUGGAAAUGAAAACACCUAAUAGAUUUGCAUCGACCAUGGGAGUGUUGAACGUUGGCAUGACCAUCGUGACAUUUAUCAUACUGACCAUGGGCUUUGUGGGAUUCUGGCGGUUCGGCGACGACGUCAAAGGCAGUCUCACGCUCAACCUCCCGCCCACUCUCAUCCUUUCUAAAAUCGUAGUCGGUCUGAUGGUGUUUGCAAUCAUCUGUACUUACACACUGCAGUUUUACGUACCCGUCGCUAUUUUAUGGCCAUCGGUACAGGAAAAAUACGGACCGUUCCAAUCGCCCGCACUCGCCGAAUAUCUUUUGCGCGCAGCACUAGUGUUUGCCACAUUUUUAGCAGCAGAAGUGAUACCUCAUUUAGCACUGUUCAUAUCGUUGGUCGGAGCCAUCGCCAGCACAUUCUUGGCUUUAAUAUUCCCACCUAUAUGCCACAUGGUUGUAUGGAAGGAUGAAGGAUUUGGAGCGUUCAACUGGAAACUCCACAUGGACAUCAUUACAAUAGUCUUAGGCUUGUUAGGAUUUGUAACUGGUACAUACUUUAGUUUACAUGACAUUAUUGUUGCAUUUAGCAAAGAUUUUGGUUUCCAUUAAUCAAAAUGGCUGCAAAUCUCAAUCACCUAAUAGACUUAGUAAAUGCACUGUUAUA